AUGAUGUCACCAAGCGCAACAUCAGAAGCCCUCUCUAUCCAACCGGAGAAUGGAGAUGGAACUGCCUCAACAACACAACCAGUGCCAGCCCCUGCCUUAUCCAACGACUCUGAGUUUCUCAACACCCAGCCAGGCCCAGACCACGACUGGAAGAUCUCGUUGAAGAACAAGGUUGUGGCAAUCACUGGCGCCAACAGGGGUAUCGGCCUCGGAAUCGCGGAGGUUUGCCUGGCAAAUGAUGCUGCGGUAGUGUACUCUCUCGAUCUCUUCGAGCCAGAUGAAGAGUUUCAAGCAAUCCAGAAGGCCAACCCCAAGAGAAUUCGCUACAUACACUGCGACGUCACUUCCGAGGAGAGCAUCACGUCAGCCAUCGAUGCUAUCGUUGCAAAUGAGGGGGCAAUUCACGGUCUGGUCGCUAAUGCUGGAAUGACGAAGCACCAACCCGCUCUCAACUUUGACCGUGCUCAACUAGAGCAGCUGUUCAACCUGAACGUCUUCGGCGCCUACUUCUGCGCGACGACGGUAGCCAAGCGCUUCAUCGAGCUCGGCAUCAAGGGGUCCAUCGUCUUCACGGCGUCCAUGACCUCGUACCGCCCCAACCGUGCGGCCCCGUCUGCACCAUACGGCGCAACGAAGGGUGCGGUGAGAAACAUGACACAUACCCUGGCGAUGGAAUGGGCCAAGCACGGCAUCCGUGUCAACUCCAUCUCGCCCGGGUUCGUCAAGACGGCCAUGACCUAUUUCGUGGACCAAGCACCUGAUUGGAACUUGAAGAUGCAGUACUAUGGAGGCAUGCCUCGGUUGGCCGACCCAAAGGAGCUCGGUGGUGCCUACGUGUAUCUGUUGUCUGAUGGCGCUUCAUACACCACGGGCAUAGAUAUUCCUGUUGCUGGAAUUGUUGGGGCUUGGUAG